AUGGUCCAAACACUUCCUUUCGGCUCCUCAGGCAUUGAGGUCAACACACCCGGCUUCGGUGCAAUGGGUCUCUCUUUCGGUCUUGGUACCAACCUGACACCCGAGCAAGCUGAGCCUGUACUCCUCAAGGCGAUUGAACUCGGUUGCACAUUCUGGGAUACUGCUGUUGUCUACGCAGCAGGCAUCAACGAACAACUCCUCGGCGACUUCAUCCGUAAGCACAACGUCCGCGACAAGGUUUUCAUCGCCUCCAAGUGCGGUUUCGCCGUCUUCGAAAAGGCUGGCGUGACGAACUCUGCCGCACAUAUCAAGAAAUACAUCGAUGGCACGAUUGAAAGACUAGGCUUCACACCUGACCUUUACUAUCUCCAUCGUAUCGAUCCCAACACUCCUUUGGAAGAGUCAAUUCCUGCUCUGGACGAGAUUCGAAAGGCCGGCAAAACGAAGUACAUUGGAUUAAGCGAGUGCUCAGCAAAGACCCUUAGAAAGGCCAAUGAGAUCGCAAAGAUUGAUGCCGUGCAAGCUGAAUACUCGGCGUUCGAGACUGUCCAUGAGACUGAUGGAUUGAUUGAGGCAAUUAGGGAGUUGGGAAUUGCAUAUGUGGCUUACAGUCCUCUGGGCCAUGGAUGGUUGGUCGAUGACUUUAACUUCAAGACGCCCGAUGACUUUGCUCCUGACGACUUCCGCCGUAGUUGUAAGUUCAAGCCUUUUUUGUUUCGUUCCGAAAGUAAACUGACUGGUCAUUUAGCUCCCAAAUUCCAAGGCGAGAACUUCUACAAAAACAGAGCCAUCGUCGACGAGAUCAAGAAGUUGGCCGACAAGAAGGGCUGCAGCAUCACACAAGUUGCUCUUGCAUGGGUCGCUGCUCAAGGCUUCAUUGCCAUCCCUGGUACCACCAAGCCUCACAGACUGGAAGAGAAUUGGGCUUCCAGAAACGUCGAGCUGAACGAGGAAGAGAAGGCCGAGAUGAGGAAGAUUGUCGACAGCGCGAAGCCCCACGGCAACAGAUACAGCGAGGCCAACCAGAAGUUGGUCGGUCACUAG